GUGUGUGUGUGGGUGUGUGUGCGCUGUUACAAUGUGUGUGUGUGUGUGUGUGUGUGCGCUGUUACAAUGUGUGUGUGUGUGUGUGUGUGCGCUGUUACAAUGUGUGUGUGUUUGGGUGUGUGUGUGCGCGCUGUUAUGGGUGUGUUGCUGUUUUAGACGCCGUCACAUCGCUAUCAUCACCACACUCCACACCGAUGCCCCAGAGGUCGCUAUCACACUCCAGACUCUCUGUGCCCUGUACUACCCGCAGCCGCUCGGCUGUAGGGGGGAAAGGAGAAGACUCGACCGUCACCAUGGAACUGAUAACGAGGCGUCCUCUCACCUCGGACCUUGUGAACUUGAGAACGGGGUCCGGGUCCGGGAGCGGGAGCAGUAACGGCGAGGUGCCCGCUGAAAUCACCAUGCCGGCUCUCGGCUCUCCCACUCUCUUCAAGCUGCGCGACAGGACCCUUCUCACCGAGGAGAAGCGCAGGCUGUGCGGCUGGGCGCUCGGCAUCGCCCUCUUCGGGAUCUUUCUUAUGAUUCUGCAAACCGAGCUUUGCUGGUUCGUCUGCGGCAAGGCCUCCGUCUCUGUCUUCAUUGUCCGAUUGCUGAUCAGCCUGUCCACUGUGUGUCUGCUGGGCCUGCUGGUGGCGUUCCACUACAAAGACAUCCGGGUGUUCAUGAUCGAUCACUCUGUGGAGGACUGGCGCAUCGCCCUGACUGCCCGUCGCGUCCUCUCCAUCUCCCUCGAGCUGGGGGUGUGCGCCCUGCACCCUCUCCCAUUGGUCUGGCUUCCGGGGAGCUGGGAGGACGGGGAGGGGGUGAGGCGGGGAGGGGGCUGGAACGCCACGCUCCCCUCCCCUCUCGUCUGCUCCCUGGCGGCCUGGGAGCUGCUGCCCUGCUUCCUGAUGUUCCUGCGGCUGUACCUGGUGCACCGCGCCCUGCUGCUGCACAGCAAGACCCUCCUGAGCGCCUCCUACAGGAGCAUCGGCUCCCUCAACAACAUCGACUUCCAGUUCCGCUUCGUGCUCAAGGUGCUGAUGAACACCCACCCCGGCCGCACGCUGCUCGCCUUCAUCGUCUGCUUCUGGCUCACCGCCUCCUGGCUCCUCACUCUCUGCGAGAGGCAGAGCGAAGCCUCCGUGGGCAGGAUGGAGGACACGAUGUGGCUCAUCGCCAUCACCUUCCUGACGAUCGGGUACGGAGACAUCACCCCCCAGACCACCUGCGGGAAGACGGUGUGCCUGCUCACCGGAGUCAUGGGAGUGGGGUGCACCGCCAUGCUGGUUGCUGUCGUCGCAAAAAACCUGUCGCUCAGCAAGGCUGAGAAACACGUGCAUCAGUUCAUGAUGGACAUCAAGCACACCAAGAAGAUCCGCAGCGCAGCGGCCAACGUGCUGAGGGAGUGCUGGCUGCUGCACAGGAGCGGCAGAGGCAGGAGAGACAGCGGAGAAAACAGGAGGAACCAGAGACGACUGCUGGAGGCCAUCCGAGUAUUUCGGGAGGCGAGGCUGAAGCAGAGGAAGCUGAGAGAUCACGCCAAUGAAAUGGUGGACCUGUCCAAGCUGCAGGUGAUGAUGUCUGAUCUCAAUGGGAACUGGAGCACCUCGUACAAGGAGAUGGAGCGGAGGAUUGUCUCCAUGGAGCAGAAGAUGGACGAGCUGAGCAGAGCCUUCCAGGAAACAUCGCAGCUCAUCUCCAGAGCCCUGCAGCACAGAGCCGGGGGGAACAGCGUUGCGUAGAGCCCAGAGAGAGGGUGUACGUCUCCAGUCACCCGUCUGUCCAACAAGACUGGACCAGAGCAGCUGCUGUUCUAUAUCCUCCAAACACCAGGGGGCAGACUACAGCUUCUGAACAGCCACGGGACUCUGAUGAGGAAACUCAGGAAAACCACGCCCCUCUCUCUGACGCGACUGAAGGAGGAAUCCGUUGUUUGUUUUAAACGCAGACUGUGACGUGAACAGCGAGGGGGGGAACAGCCCUGACCCCUGUGAAAAGUCACAGCUGGAUGAUUAUUGGUUUAUUUUAGAGCGUUUCACAGCACGGCUUGGGACCCCCUCUGAUCGGAUCUGCCACCGGCCUUGUGAUUAUCCCGCGGUUCAGGAAUUGCUUUAUUAGGGGCAGAGUGAACAUUCAUUUAGGGUGAAAUUCAGAAAAAAUUGCAGCUCUUCUUUUUUUUGAGAAAAUACCAAGCGUAUUUACUCAAAAUACCGCACAGUGUCUUAUUAUUUUUAAAAAACAUUUUUAAACGUGGAAGUAUAUUAAUUUUUUUUUUUUUUUUAAAAGAGUAAAGCGGUUUUUAAAUUUGACCAAACUGGAACCAGACCGCAGAGUUACUGAACUGGACGAUUCAAACUGGAACCAGACCGCAGAGUUACUGAACUGGACGAUUCAAACUGGAACCAGACCGCAGAGUUACUGAACUGGACGAUUCAAACUGGAACCAGACCGCCGAGUUACUGAACUGGACAAUUCAAACUGGAACCAGACCGCAGAGUUACUGAACUGGGCGAUUCAAACUGGAACCAGACCGCAGAGUUACUGAACUGGACGAUUCAAACUGGAACCAGACCGCCGAGUUACUGAACUGGACGAUUCAAACUGGAACCAGACCGCAGAGUUACUGAACUGGACAAUUCAAACUGGAACCAGACCGCCGAGUUACUGAACUGGACGAUUCAAACUGGAACCAGACCGCAGAGUUACUGAACUGGACGAUUCAAACUGGAACCAGACCGCCCGAGUUACUGAACUGGACGAUUCAAACUGGAACCAGACCGCCGAGUUACUGAACUGGACGAUUCAAACUGGAACCAGACCGCAGAGUUACUGAACUGGGCGAUUCAAACUGGAACCAGACCGCAGAGUUACUGAACUGGGCGAUUCAAACU